AUGGACCAAGAAAAUCGCAAUGAAAGGCAUGGCGGCCUUUCUAGGUCUUCGGGUAGACAUGGUUCAAAGACUCCACGGAAAGUACAGUGGCCAGAUGCUGAAGAAGAUUCAUCCACACAUGCUCUCGACGAGCAGGGCCUUGAUAGAGAGAGGUUCCAAGAGUUGACAGAUGCGUUAGAACGUCACCGUGACAAGGGCACACCUUUGAAAAAAGUUCAUUACUAUUCUCCACAAUCAACCACGUCAACCUCUGAUACUGACAAUGAAGCCGAAGUGUCAAGCAUUUCACCAUCGGAGAGCGAACCAGAGAUCAAAGGUCGAAGGCAUUACCCCAACACCCCUCCGAACAGAUUCAUUAAUUACCCUCCUACACCUUCGGAAGCAAGCCCUACACAUGAUGUCCCUGGAAAUAUUAUCGAUGAAGAUGAAGAUUCUGGUCUACCGGGCACUAAAGAUUUACGCCAAUUUUCGAUGAAACAAGCUGAGCAAGUUGUGAAGAAACAUAUAGGGAAACGUUCACGCUCGCAUUCCUUAACAGGGCGGCGCCCAACAGUGGAACAUCAGCCACACGAUAUUUUCGAAAAAGAUGCCGAAAGACAUCCAGACGAUUCUUCAGUCCACGGAAAGGGGAUUCUCUCAACAGUGCUAAACCUUUAUCAGUAUCCAAGUAGCGCUCGCUCGCUCUUUUCCUCCCGCUCCUCUCUGGAAAGCGAUUCCGGACACAGUGGAAGUGAGGUUGAAUCGUCUGAUCUGCUUCCGCAAGAUCGUAAAGUCUAUAGCAGGCCCAAGGUCAAAAUGCCCUCCAUGUUUGGGCGCACCACGCGGCCGUCGACAGCUAGGAGCGGAGCUGGCGUUUUUGGUCCUCUGAUUGUUAGCGCGGGCAAUUUGGCUGGCGUCGCUGCUCCACAAGCGAGUCAACUCCAGCCAAAUGUUAAACGUCCAGGAUAUAAAUUAUCGAGGUACUCUCUGGAACCAAAGUAUCCGAAUCCUCCUCCAAUGGCAAAAAGAAGGCACAGUAGCGGGCAGUCAGACGUGCACAGACAUCCCCGAUCCUCACUGGAAUUGCACACAACUCCUCCAAUAUCUCCGACUGAGAGCCAUCCUUUUUAUAAAGGAGGGCAUAAGAUGAACCUUUCGAAUGCCUUUGGAGGAUACGUUAGUUCUAUUCGCUCUGGAAUAUCUGGUCAUAGUACGCCAAGGACAAGCACGCCAUACGGAUCGGAUACAGACAUGGGUUCUCCUCGCCGUAAACCCCACAAAAGAAAAAAGGCCGAAAUUUUUAUUACACGGCACAUCGCUCACAUUAUUCGACGUGAGGAAUUCAUCAUGAAGCUUACCCGUACUAUGAUGAUGUUUGGCGGUCCAACCCAUCGGCUGCAGUCGCAAAUUAUGUCGGCAGCGCGUGUGCUCGACGUUCAACUCAGUUUUCUGUACCUGCCGGAUAUCGUUUUGCUCAGUUUUGAUGACAGUGGAACUGGGACAAGUCACGUCAGAUUCAUUAGACAAACCAGUGCACUCGACCUCGGCAAGUUGGCUGACGCGUUUUCGCUCUACUGGAAGGUCAUUCACGACAAACUUUCGGUAUCGGAUGCUUCCAGUGAGCUGGAUGCAUUGAUGAAGAAGCGACCGAUGUAUAAUUGGUGGCAACAAGUUGUGAUAGGUGGCAUGUGUUCAGCGUCCAUCUGUACUAUCAGCUUUGCUGGCAGUUUCAUCGAUGCGCUGGCUUCAUUUCCUUUAGGAGCCAUUCUAGUUGUCGUGCAAAUCUUGGGUUCUCGGAAUACCCUCUAUAGUUAUGUGUUUGAUUCUACCAAGGGGUUUCUUGUUCUCAGCGGUGCCCUGGAGCUCAUGUCAAGGCAAAUUAUACCGGGCUCUGUCCGCUUAUUAUUCGCUGUUGUCUAUGCCCUUUUUCUUGGGUUUGGUUUCUCGAUCGGGGCAGGUCUGUUUGAGCUAUUUACCAAGCAUGCAGUAUAUGGGGCAGAGGAUUUCAUGUGCGAAUUGACUCAUGACCCAUCUGGACCAUGGUAUCAAAGAACGCCCAGUAAAUGGUGGGCCUUCUUAACUGUGCCAAUGUUUUCGUUUUUCCUGAGCCUGCGGAAUCAAGCUCCAUAUAAUCGGAAGGAGAUCAUCCUUCUCGUGGCAAUAGCAAGUGCAGGCUGGGUUACGAACUAUUUUACCGGUCGACGAUACGUCGGACAGGGCGAUAUCAUCGCCGCUGUUGGGGCCUUUGCCGUCGGCUUCAUAGCAAAUGCCUAUGCAAGGUUCUUUUCGGGGAAUGCCUUCGUCGUCAUGAUUACGGGCAUAUUGUUCCAGUUACCGUCCGGUUUGGGAAGUGGGGGUCUUCUUAGUUAUGCAUCUGAGCAAGCAGGUGGAUCUGCAAAUUCUUAUCUUUCCGGCUUCAGAACGGCGCUGAAACUGGUGUCGGUGGCUAUUGGUCUGACUAUUGGAUUGGGCCUGUCGUUGGUUCUGGUGCAUCCAAUACAGAGUCGCAAGCGCGAAGCCGGUAUUUUUAGUCUGUAG